CGAGGUCGUUCGGUUCCUUUCUCCUCUUCUUUGCAGUGUCAGGCUAUGUGGUUCUUCAAUAAUUUACUACUUCUAGCCUUUAACAUUCGCACCAGUUUCUGCGUGUUGUCUCUCCUGGAUCAGAAUUGCAAGGCAUUUGAUCUUCAGUCCCACCGUGGUGGCAGAGGAGAAACUGUGGAAAGCAUCCUUCCCAGUUUUGCUUGGGGACUCAUCCAUGGCGCCAAAACCUUGGAGCUAGACAACGGCAUUACCAAGGAUGGGGCGGUUAUUGUCUGGCACGAUGAGAACAUCGCUGCAGAAAAGUGCCUGGAUACUGCGCCGGUGUUUGAUGGCGAUCCGGACUACCCUUACGUUGGGAAAUACAUUGCCAAUCUCACGCUUGCACAACUCAAAACCUUGGACUGCGGCUCGCAGAGGCUCGACGAUUUCCCCCAACAACUCGUUUAUCCGGGAACAAAAUUGUCUACCCUGGAAGAGUUGUUUGACUUUGUUGAAUGCGUGGAUACGGAGCAUGGAAUGCUCUUUAAUGUCGAAUCCAAGAUCGAUGCCGAUUACCCCUACCGAACACGUUCAGUUGACGACUUUGUGGAAUAUCAACACGCGGCUUUUGCCCAUAGCCCCUAUUUCUACUCUAUCACAUAUCAGAGUUUUGAUUGGAGAACACUCAUUGGCAUGAAGUCAAAGGACUCGACAGUGAGAACUGCUGCUCUUAUCUCUUCAGGGACAGCGGUUGGAGCAGAUAACAAUACAUCUGCGUGGUUAGCGGGCUUGAAUCUGGACUCCUUUGAAGGUGCGACACAGGGUGAAAGGGUUGCAAGGGCCGCUGAUGCCAUCGACGCUGACAUUCUUUCGCCAUGUGAUGCUUCUGACGACUCGCCUGUGGAAGACCCAAGCAAGGAUGGUUUCAUAUAUUUUACGACCGAAAAAAUGAUCGCGACAUCCCAUUCACUUGGUAGGGAGGUCAAACCUUGGACAGUUAACCGGUUGAACAUCGCUCAGCAACUGUUGGAAUGGGGUGUGGAUGGAGUAAUCACUGACUACACAUCUGCCAUGAAACGGUUUUUUGAACAGCAGGGAUAUGAAGUGCUACCUGGGUUUCCUCGGGAUAAGGUAUUUCAGUGUCUGGCUCGACAUAUCCAAACUACAUACUAGAUUACAACGAAACGUCAAUGAUUAUAGUUUUAUGC